UGCAAUUGCACACAUCCUAUGACUGGCCAUGCUACAGCAGAUAUGCCUAUGUACCUGUUGGCAGGAGCCGAAUGACAGGUGAAAUGUGGUGCAAGGUGCAAAUUCUUCUAUGACAAAAGGACAGACUGCCAGACAGACGUAUAACUGAGUCGAGUAUAAAAACUCUGCCAGUGAAUGAAUCGAGCACAGUUCAGCCAGGAACAUCAAACAAUCAACUACUCCACAAACCAACCAAGAAAAAACUGAAAAUGGUUUUCGAACAAUUCGUAGCUUCAUUUCCGGUUCACAACCCCUCCUACAGCCGCACCUAUGUGGAUAUCUUAACCACUGAGCUGCGUUUGAAACGCCUCAACAAACGCCAACUGGAUAGCGCCAACAUGUUUGAUCGCCUCAAGGUCAUCAUCGAUCAAAUGGAAGAGGCCUAUCUGCCGCAACACUGCAAUCAGGUGAAAGAUCCCGCCUUCAUUGCCGAUCACAAUUAUGCCUUUUCGAAUGCCUCAUCGGGCAUAACCACCUCAACAUCUUCGUCCAGCAUUAGCCCACCACCCGCCUUCACCGAACAACGUUACAAUGUGUGCUCCACCGAACCCAGUGCCAAGAGAAAAAUCAUCGACGAAGACUAUGAGGAAUUCUCUGCCGAAGAUGACACAAAUUCGCCCAAAAAUUAUCACAUGGACUCGGCGAACGCCUCACAAUAUCCCCAACAGCAGGGUGAUAUGGUAAUUUUGGGACCCAAUGGCACUGCCGUCGAUUCUCGUUCCUACAGCAGCAUUAUUUGGUCCUCAUCUGCCUCGGCCACAAGACAACUUUUAUCGUUUGUCUUUACCGCCGACAUUUUGGCCACCCACACCCUGACCGGCAAACCAUCGCCCGCUUUCUAUGGCCGUGAGCGCCCAGCCAAAAUGCAACUGGAUCCCAUUAAGGCUGCGGACAUAAUUCACUGUGUGAAAUCCAAAUUCAAUUGCAGUGAACGUGAAAUUCGGGCGGCCAUCACCACCAAAUGUUCCGAUACCUCCAAGAAAUACAAGAGGCGUUCACAAAAGCUGCAAAUGGAUUUGGCAGCUUAAGGUUACAACGGAAGCGAGUUUUCUUUGUUUUGUAAUUUUAAGCCGGGGGUAUGUGUGUGUGAAGUUUUGUAAAUAUGUAAAUAGCCGUUUAGAUAUAAGUGUUUGGAUUUAUGAUAUAUAAUCGUUAA